AUGAGGCGGCAGUGCGGCACUCGGUUUAGAGGGCUCGGGCCGGCGGCGGCCCCAUGGGCAACCCUGCUGGCGCUGGGCCUCCCGGGCUGGGUGCUGGCGGUCUCAGCCACGGCCCCCGCGGCGCUCCCGGACCAGCAUGCCUCCUCCGCCGGCCAGCCGCCCCUGGACUGGCUCCUCAGCGACCGCGGCCCGUUCCACCGCGCUCAGGAGUACGCUGACUUCAUGGAGCGCUACCGGCAGGGUUUCACCACCAGGUACAGGAUCUACAGGGAAUUUGCCCGUUGGAAAGUAAACAACUUGGCUCUGGAAAGGAAGGACUUCUUCAGUUUGCCAUUGCCUCUUGCCCCAGAGUUUAUCCGGAACAUUCGCCUCCUCGGAAGGAGACCCAACCUACAACAGGUUACCGAAAACCUGAUUAAAAAGUACGGCACUCAUUUCUUACUUUCUGCCACGCUUGGAGGAGAAGAGUCCCUGACCAUUUUUGUGGACAAGCGUAAACUGAGCCGCAAGACAGACACAGCAGGAAGUGCUCCUGUAGUUGGGGCCAGUGGAAACAGCUCUGCCGUGUCCCUGGAGACCCUGCACCAGCUGGCAGCCUCCUACUUCAUCGACAGAGAGAGCACACUGAGGCGGCUGCACCAUAUCCAGAUAGCCACAGGGGCCAUCAAGGUCACGGAGACCAGGACCGGCCCUCUGGGCUGCAGCAACUACGACAACCUGGACUCGGUCAGCUCUGUCCUGGUACAGAGUCCGGAGAACAAAGUGCAGUUGCUCGGCCUGCAGGUGCUGCUGCCUGAGUACCUGCGUGAGCGCUUUGUGGCCGCGGCGCUCAGCUACAUCACGUGCAGCUCCGAGGGUGAGCUUGUCUGCAGGGGGAAUGACUGCUGGUGCAAGUGCAGCCUCACCUUCCCAGAAUGCAACUGUCCUGACGCUGACAUCCAGGCCAUGGAGGACAGCCUGCUGCAGAUCCAGGACUCUUGGGUGACCCACAACCGGCAGUUUGAGGAAUCAGAGGAAUUCCAGGCCCUGCUGAAAAGGCUGCCCGAUGACCGGUUCCUCAACUCCACGGCCGUCUCCCAGUUCUGGGCCAUGGACACCAGCCUUCAGCACCGCUACCAGCAGCUGGGAACCAGCCUGAAACUGCUGUUCAAGAAGACCCAUCGGAUUGUCCGCCGGCUCUUCAACCUCUGCAAGCGUUGCCACCGGCAGCCUCGCUUCCGCCUGCCCAAGGAGAGGUCCUUGUCCUACUGGUGGAACCGAGUCCAGUCCCUCCUCUACUGCGGAGAAAGCACCUUCCCUGGCACCUUCCUGGAACAGAGCCACGGCUGCACCUGCCCCUACGACCAGUCCUCCUGCCAGGGCCCCAUCCCGUGUGCCUUGGGGGAAGGGCCCGCCUGCGCCCACUGUGCCCCCGACAACAGCACGCGCUGCGGGGGCUGUAACCCAGGCUAUGUGCUGGCCCAGGGGUUGUGCCGGCCAGAGGUGGCUGAGUCCCUGGAGAACUUUCUGGGGUUGGAGACAGACCUGCAGGACCUGGAGCUGAAGUACUUGCUGCAGAAGCGGGACAGCCGCAUCGAGGUACACUCCAUCUUCAUCAGCAAUGACAUGCGCCUGGGCAGCUGGUUCGACCCUUCCUGGAGGAAGCGCAUGCUGCUCACCCUCAAGAGCAACAAGUACAAGCCGGGGCUGGUGCACGUGAUGCUGGCCCUGUCCCUGCAGAUCUGCCUCACCAAGAACAGCACCCUGGAGCCUGUCAUGGCCAUCUACGUCAACCCAUUUGGGGGCAGCCACUCUGAGAGCUGGUUCAUGCCCGUGAGUGAGGGCAGCUUCCCUGACUGGGAGAGGACUAACGUGGACGCGGCCGCCCAGUGCCAAAACUGGACUAUCACCUUGGGAAACAGGUGGAAGACCUUCUUUGAGACAGUCCAUGUUUACCUCCGGAGCCGAAUCAAGUCCCUGGAUGACAGCUCCAAUGAGACAAUCUACUACGAGCCCCUAGAGAUGACCGAUCCCUCCAAGAACUUAGGAUACAUGAAAAUCAACACCUUGCAGGUCUUUGGCUACAGCCUCCCCUUUGACCCGGAUGCCAUCCGGGACUUAAUUCUCCAGUUAGACUACCCAUACACUCAAGGUUCCCAGGACUCUGCCCUCUUGCAGCUCAUAGAGCUUAGGGACCGGGUAAACCAGCUUUCUCCACCCGGCAAAGUCCGGCUUGACCUUUUCUCCUGCUUGCUCCGGCAUCGACUCAAGUUGGCCAACAACGAGGUGGGCAGGAUCCAGUCCUCCCUGAGGGCUUUCAAUUCCAAGCUGCCAAACCCCGUGGAGUAUGAGACAGGCAAACUCUGUAGCUAAUGGGGGCCCCGCUCCAGUGCUGGGCAGGGAGGUGGUCCAGGGUGACCCCUGAAU